AUGUCUGUUUCUGUUCUUGAUCAAAUUAAACAAUUUACCACUAUCGUUUCUGAUACUGGUGAUUUCGAAUCAAUUGCCCAAUAUAAGCCUCAAGAUGCAACUACUAAUCCGUCGCUUAUCUUGGCUGCCUCGCAAAAUUCCCAUUACGCGCCUUUAAUUGAUCGGGCAAUCGAGUAUGCUAAAAAUAAAGGGGGAAAUAUCGACGAUCAAGUCGAAUUGGCUUUAGACAAAUUGUUGAUCAACUUUGGCUCCGAAAUUCUCAAAAUUAUCCCCGGUCGCGUCUCCACAGAAGUCGACGCCAGACUUUCAUUCGACAAGGAGGCCACGAUCGCAAAAGCACGACACCUGAUCAAUCUCUACAAAGAAAUUGGGAUCGACAGUUCACGCGUGUUGAUCAAAAUCGCUUCUACAUGGGAAGGAAUUCAAGCAGCGAAACAACUGGAAACGGAGGGAAUUCAUUGUAAUCUGACAUUAUUGUUUUCGUUUCCACAGGCGGUGGCAUGCGCUGAAUCAGGCGUUACCCUCAUCUCACCGUUUGUCGGCCGUAUCCUCGAUUGGUACAAGAAAAGCACAGGUAAAGAUUACGCGGCGCACGAAGACCCGGGUGUUCAGUCCGUCAAGCGUAUCUACAACUACUACAAAAACAACGGCUACAAAACCAUCGUAAUGGGUGCUUCAUUUCGAAACACGGGUGAGAUAGAGGAAUUGGCUGGUGUUGAUUUCUUGACGAUUAGUCCUGCGUUGUUGAAGCAAUUGCAACAGGAUACCAAACAAGUUACCCGUAAAUUGAGUCCUGAAAUUGCUAAAGCACAAUCCGAGCCUAAAGUUUCGUAUGAUGAAAAGACCUUCAGAUGGGAAUUGAACGAAGAUGCGAUGGCCACUGAGAAAUUGGCUGAGGGCAUUCGAAAGUUUGCAGAAGAUGCUGUGAAAUUAAAAAACCAACUUAAGCAACGACUAUCGUAA